GUGUUUAAAUGCACUUUGUCAUGGAGUUAUUUAACAUUUUUGAAUUAUUACUUCUUCCACCACUGCUUGAUGCAGCAUUUUCACUGCCUUUGUGUCCUGGAGCAGUUUUUAUCAUGACAAAUCACAUUUUUUUGCAUUAAAAAAUGCAUAAAGUUACUUUUAAAACUGAUGAUAAUGCUUUUAGACUUCUUUUUCCCUCAGGAUCUCUUCUCACCUCCUCCCCAUAGAAGAAGAAUCCAAAGUACCAAAUGAUCAAAGUUAUUGAAGCGUGCGCACAUGUGUCCACUUUAAAAGAAUGAAAUUAAAAACAAAUCUGUCAUUUUUAACGUGAAGUAUUUAAUCAUGAUUAAUCACGUUCCCCCUCUUGUACUGGAUGCUUGUUCUGGCCUGUCUGUUGUAAUCGCGUGUUCUUAAACAUUUGCAUAGUGACGAGUUGUGUUUACUUAAUAUGUAAUGAUUACAUUGUGGGGGAUUCUGGGCCCCAGAUGACUCAAAAAGUAUCUGCAAGUGAGCUUCUCUGAAUCUGGAAGGAGCUACAAAAACGGAGAGACAAUGAAAGCCUGGGCUGCUCUGUCUUUCCUCUGGUUGGCAUGUUUGUGCCCCAUGUCUCUGUCCUGCCCGGCUCUUUGCAAGUGCUACUCCAGAAGAGCUGAGGUGGUGUGCAACGAGGUUCCUCUGCUGGAGUUUCCCUCCGAGGCUCCACUGAACACCACCAUGCUGACCAUCCAGUUCACAAACAUCACGUCCAUCGCUGAAAGGCAUCUCAAUGCCACACCCCUGCUGCAGGGGCUCCACAUGUACAGCAACUACCUGCAGCACCUUUCCUCCGACCUCCUCAGGGGCGUCUGUCACCUCAACACCGUGGAUCUCACGGGAAACAAAAUCUCUGACCUGCCUGCGGACGUCUUCAGCCACGCCCCGCUCCACAGCCUGGUGCUGAAGAACAACCUGAUUGAGAAAGUGGACGCCGAGUGGCUGCCUGACAACAGCAGUCUCACGUGGCUGGACUUGUCCGGAAACCGUAUACGAAAGGCCCCCUCUGCUUUGCUCCAGAGGCUGUCACUCCUUGAGAAUCUUGACCUGUCCAACAACCACAUGGAGGCGAUCCCCGCGAACUCCUUCAAUCAGCUGAGCAAACUCGAGAGGCUGAACCUGCAGGACAACAAGCUGGACGCCCUGCAUGCGUCCGUGUUCCAGAGCACCCGCAACCUCACCUAUCUGUUCCUGUCCCGCAACAAACUCAGCAAACUGCCGCAAAACCUUUUCAAGCAGCUGAGCGAGCUCAGAGCCCUGACGCUGGACGACAACCAGCUGACUCACGUCCCGCCAGGUUUGCUGGACCGGCUGAGCUCCCUGGACGACGAGGGACUGGACCUGACCUCCAACCCCUGGCUGUGCGACGGGAAGGUGGAGUAUCUGUGGAGGUGGCUUCAGAAGAACAGCAAGAAGGCUUUCCUGCCAGAGACCAUAACGUGUGCCAAACCUCAGGCCUUAUCAGGACGCUCGGUAAUGUCACUGACUGAAAGUGAACUCAAUCUUCAGUCCUAACAUCCUUAUUCUAUCCUCAUGUUGAUUGUUCCUUGAUAUGGUCAAUAAAAAAAAAUGGUGAGUGAA